AAAAGAAAACCUAGCCAUGAGAUGUUGCUCAUGUCAAGCUGUGAAAUCCUGUUACAAUUGUUUUCCACUCAAAUUGGGAGGAAAUCUGAAAAAUGCCUAUAACAGACUAUCAAUUGCACGCCGAAACGGAAAUAUAAUGAGUUAUAUGGAUGAUUGCUUUGCCGGGGCCCCGCAAGACUUUCUCAUCUGCAUUACGGUGCACAAGGCCGCCAAAGUGGGCCUGGCCACAUCGGAGCUUUACGUCAAAGUCAGCCUGGAUAAGACGCAGAAGAGCACCAAGACGUUCCAAAACUCCGAGAAUCCCUACUUCAAUGAGUACUUUGUGUUCGAGUUCCGCUGUUCGCUGAGCGACCUCCUCCGGAUGACCAUCCUCUUUGAAUUAAAAAAGACGCAGACUCUCAUGAAGAACCUGGUGGUCGGGGAGCUGUUGAUCGAUCUGCAUAGCGUGUGGAACCAGCCGAAUCACGGAUUCUUCAAGAAGUGGGGUCGCCUGGAGCCGCCCAUCGGGGAGAAUCCUCCACGCGAGGAGCCCAGUGAUUCCCAUGGGUUUUUGCAAAUCGAUCUGGUCAUCGUCUCGCAGCACAGUUCGGUGGCAAAUAAUCUCAUCCCAGAGGAGAACACCGACACACAGAGUCUGAACAAGUGGAGUGUGGACCAAGACUAUGACGACAUUGAGAAGAACCUGCUGCAGAACCCCAACUCGUACACGCCGAGCAACAUCCGCUAUUCGAUCGCCUUCUUCCGCGGCUUCUUCGUGCGGAAGGGCAGCUACAUGAUCCAAUACAGAUUCCAUCCUUUCAAGGGUAAGACGCCGGUGGCCAAGCAGACCACGACGCCCGUGUGGAACCACGAGAUCAGUUUCGCCUGGAUAUACCCCUCGCUGGCGCAGCGCUUCCUCAUCCUGGUCCUCAUCCACGAGCACCUCAAAUGGAAGUGCGUGGCCGAGUACGAGCUGUCAUUCGAGGAGAUCGCCUUCAAAAGCAUUCCCUCUUUGGGACCCACCUACCUGCAAUUGUACGAUCCCGUCCAGCCCAUGACCUAUGUGGGUCGCCUCUUACUGGAGGUGCGUUCCGACACUGUGGCGGAGGAGAGGCCGUCCCAUGUGAUCCUUGCGGAGGACGUUCACGGCUUGGACGAGUCUCCUUUUUGGAAGGAAGAGGUCUUCAUGGUGGAGUUCCUUCCACUGCUCGGGGAUCACAUCCAAAGCAGUGCCAGCAGCUAUAAAAUCUCCAUGAAGCUGGCCGAGAACACGUCCACCGUCCUAGAGGGUCCCCUGAAGACGCCAUCGGGGAAGUUCCGCUCGGCGAUGCACUCGAAAAGCUUCCGCCAGGAUGCCCCCUACCGAUCCUGCAUCCUACGUGCCCGCCUGCCCGACAAUCGGGACAAGUACGAGAGCGACUACUUCAUGGUCGACCUGGUCGACUUUAUGCGUUCCGAACUGGACACCUUCAAGGUGUUCCAGCUGAAAUCCCCGCAACAGGACGUUAAUCAGGGCAAGUGUCUGAAGGCCAUCAUAUCCAAUAUCUUGAGCAAAAUCAAGGAGGGCAUCAAGGAACAUCGCUUCGACCACGAGAUGGAGAGCCAGCGCACUCCGUGGGACAUCAACCGCCAGCUUUUCCUCGUGGGAUUCUUCGCGAAGCUGCCGCUCGAGCUGCGUCUGCUGAAGCAGGAGCUCCGCAGCUCCUACGUGGAGAACCUGGACGCCUCUGUGGCGGAUGUGGUGAACGAGCUGCAUCGCCUGGUGGACAAGAUCACAGCGCUCUCCAACAUGACGCGGGUGCAGGACGAGUGGCCCGAUCUCCUGCUCUCUCUAAGUGCCGGGGGCAAGGAGGUGGGCGUGUGCCGCCUCAAUGCCAAGCUCUUUCUCCACCUCCAGCGCCGGGAGCUGCAGCAAAACCAGAUCACACAGUGCUGGCGUCUAAAGAGCUUCGCGUUCAAGGACCCAGGUUGCAUCCACAGCUGCCCCAACUGCGGCUGCAGCACGGCCAUGAUUCUGGGCUGCGUUGCCAUCGUGGUCGAGAGGGAGCGCAAGCAGUUCCUUUCGUACAGUAUCGGUGACUGGAUCUCGAUCGAACCAAUGCUCUGGAAGACCCGUGUGGCGUGGACCUUCUUCCGCUGCCAUGUGUACGUCCAUCAGGCCAAAGUCCGACCCACCGGAGAGAAGAAGCACGUCUGCGACUCCCAUCUGCGCAUCCUGUUCGGAGAGCAGGCCGCCGAGACGCACACAUCCCCGGGCACCCUGUCGCCCAUCUGGGAUGCCGAAAUCACAUUCAGCUGCAUCACCCUGCCCGGCAGCGUCGACUGGUACGUGCAGAAUCCCCCGCUGCUCUCCCUGGAGUUCUUCAACAAGGAGAAAUCCCUCGCCGAUGAGCUGGUGGGCAAGGGCCAUGUGAUGGCCAGUGUGAUCAGUGGAGAACAUUUCGCGGACUCCGCCUGGGAGGACGGUCCUCAUUACUGGUCCAAGGGCCCCGUCAAUAAGAUGCAGAGGCUGAAGCACGUCUCUCCGCCGCCCCUCAAGUGGGUGCCCCUGGCCAGGAAGGGUUCCGUCCAGGCGGAGGUCCUCAUGUCGGCCGAGUUCAUCGAGCUGGUGGAUGGCGUUGCCGAUGCCAGCAAGGACCCCGUCCUAAGCACGGGUAUUCCGAAGGCCAUCCGACCGAAUAUGCUGAACUUUGUCCUGGAGGUUGUGUUCGUGGGUUUGCGCAACUACUCCAAGAGCACCAUGAGCUCGGCGGGCAAGCGAAAGAUCAACAUCAUGAUGGGGGACCUGGUGCUCACGAGUGGCCCCUCGAAGGCCCGCAUCGGCAGCAGCAUCAACUUCCUCGUAGCCUACGCCUCAGCCGUUGUGAGUCUCCCCGAUCAGCAGGAGUACUGGCCAGCCAUGAUAGCCGCCGAUGUGCUCGUCUCCGGGCUAACCACAGAGUCCAUACUGGGGGCCGCACUUAUACCGAACUCCGCCAGCUUCCUGCAGCGGGGAAAGACGACCAAAUGCGAGACCCAGAGCUCGGCUGCCUCCUACACCAGCACCGCAGUAACAAUGGAUGAGGAAGAGGAGACUGAAGUGGAUGCGACCGGGGCGAAGGACACAGAAUGGGAGGAUGCCGAUGAAGAGGAGGAGUCCCCCGGCAAGUCGAGGCGCUUAUGGAGGCGGUUGAUGUUCGCCCUGGGCCUGCGACCCGCCGCCUAUGCCAACAGGAUGGCCCUGAGGUAUGGAGAGGACGACAUGGACAACAGCGAGCUCAUCGCGGAGGGACAGUUCACGUGGUGGACAAAGUUCUACAACUCGAUGUACUGGAAGGCGGCGGAGAUGACGCACGAGUACAAGCACCGGCUGGUCAUCUAUCCCAACGAGCUGGAGAAGCAGCCCCAGUUCGGCUACCUGCAGGACUGGGCCGUGCCCGUCCAGAUGGUGCACGGCGUCAAGUUCAAAAAGCAGGCCCCGCCGAAGGAGGACGUGUACGCCACGCUGAAGAUCCAGGUCAAGCUGACGCCCUGCCAGUGCGGGAGCUGGGACGAGGGCGGAGGAGGGGACAUGGUCCGACCCCUGGCAGCGUCCUUGAAUCCGCGCGAACAGACGAUGCUCCAAUCUCUGUCUGAGUCGGUGAGGCUAGCUGUCCGGAUCUAUGUGGUGCAGGGCCUUCAGAUGCGCCCGCGGGACGUCAAGCAAAAUUCCGACUGCUACGUGAAACUCUCUCUUGGCGCUAAGACACUCUCCGACCGGGCGGCGUACAUCCCCAACCAGAGCAACCCCAUCUUUGGGCGCAUUUUCGAGCUGGAGGCGAACCUGCCCGGCGACAACAUGCUCCUGCUGAUGGUAUACGACCAGGACACAUGCCGCGACGAUGUCAUCGGUCAGACGUACAUCGAUCUGGAGGAUCGUUGGCGCAGCAAGCACCGUGCCACAGUGGGCCUGGCCCAGGAGUACUCGAGGAGUGGCUACAACCAGUGGCACGAUGUCAGGCUCCCAUCGGAGAUACUCACGAAUAUCUGCUUGCAACGGGGCAUACAGCCGCCCUACUACUACGGCAACGUGGUCGAAGUGGAUGGACAGCUCUUUGCCGAUGAAACAACCAUAUCACGGGGUGAGGAGAUGCAUGAACGACUCAGUCUGACAGUGCUGAAAAACCUGGAGAAGUUGCCCUCCUUUGGCUACAAGUUGGUGCCUGAGCAUGUGGAGACUCGCUCUCUCUACCGCGAUGAUUAUCCCAAUGUCGAACAGGGCAAGCUCCAGCUGUGGAUAGAGCUGUUUGAGGCCAACACAUUCAUUCCGUUUCCAGUUGAUAUCACGCCCGUGCCACCCGCUGGUUACGAGGUCCGUGUUGUGGUCAAAAAUCUGAGAGCCAUCCAGGCGGGCGACAGAAAUGUUUUUGGCAAACUAAUGAGCGACCUCUACGUAACUGGCUGGUGCCAGGAUAUAGACAAGCGCCAAUCAACCGAUAUCCAUUACCGGUCGUUCACCGGCGAUGCUGCCUUUAAUUGGCGCAUGAUAUUCCCGAUGAUGUACUCCCCCAAUGAGGACAUGAUGGUCUUCCGCCGCCGAGGGGGACUGUUCGAGGAGAUUGAGAUCAAGCGGCCACCGGUUAUCUAUCUGCAGAUUUGGGACCGGGACUUUAUAACGCGCAACGAGUACCUGGGCGCCCUGGAGUUGAACCUCUCCAACAUGCCCAUGCCGUAUGAGACGGAGGCGCAUUGCCAGGCGUACCCCAACAAGCGGAAGCGACUGAAUCUCUUCCAGCGCAAGUCCAUCCAUGGCUGGUUCCCAGUCGAUAGUGCCCCGAAGCCGAGGUCUGGUCUGCCCAUCACCUCGACGAAGGGCAAAAUGGAACUACAAAUCGAUGUCUGUACGUCGGUUGAGGCCUCGAAUCAACCCGCAGGCCAUGGCCAUGAUCCACCCUUGGCUUUGGAGAGGCCCGAUCGGCCGGACACAGCCUUCAAUCCGCUGACGCAUCCCUUCAAGUCAUUCCACUACAUCCUCUGGCCCUCCAUACGGAAAUAUGUCCUGUGGGGCGUUCUCAUCUCGGUAGUUAUCGUAGCAGUGGCUCUGUUCUUUACCAAAAUCCCGAGCACUCUCAUGUCCAUUCCCUUUCUGUGAUUUGUUAUCAGUUUUCGUUUUGUGUUUUACUUGUUUUCUUUAGCAAAAUUGAAUUGCAUUUUCCCUCUUUAAAGUUUCCCAAUAAAUUAGUUCAUU